AUGGCCGUGUUAAAAUCUACUGAUUUCCCAGCAAUCAAUAAAAAGCAAAUCGACACUACUGGCCGCCACUCGAUCUUUCAAAUUCACUGUAAAGAAAUAUUAACAGAUGAAGACAUUCAACUGUUAGAGGCACAUCUCGAAAAAAUUGAUCAAAAACUCGCUAAAUUGACAACAAUCGUUGAACCAAUACCAAAUAAAGAGUUGUUAUUGAUGCAGCCUUUAAACGCCAAACAUUCAAAAUUUUCUUUCUUAAAUAUUGAUGUCUUAUUGAAACUAUCGAAAAAUCUUGGAAACAAUUCAAUGUUGUCCAAAGAAACUGAAGAAUAUGAUAAAUUUAGCAUUUAG